GCGUUUGCCUGGUUCUCAGCACAGGAAGCUCUGAAGUGCUCUGAAAAGUCACAAGUAGGAACCUCUCCAGCUCUGAGGAGCCAGUUGAUCAGGAACACGCAAAGUUAAAGGAGAGGCGUGGGAAAGAGGGAGAGGAAAAACUGACACUGGCUGCUGAGGAUGUACUGGCAGCAAGAAAUGAUCCCCAUGASCACAGUUAAGCUGGYGGAGGGAUGGAUGGAGUGAYGGAGCUGCCUGAGCCAUGAAAGCAGGAACCAGCAUGAAGAUUGCUGGGAAGACGGUGUAUGUGUUUGUGCUGCUCACCAUCACCAUGGGCAUGAGAUUAGCAGGGAACGAGAGGGUGUCAGUGACCGUAGGGGACAGGUCAGUGCUCAACUGCUCUUCCAAAGGAAAAAUGAAUAUGGUAACAUGGAAAAUAACUACCAAGGUUGGAGACCUCUGCACCUUAGUACACAGGAAUGAUAGGAAUGUGACGCACAGAACAAACUGCAGUGACAACAUAAAGUGGAAAUUCAGACCAGAUCUGGAUCCUGCCCUUGAGAUACAGCAAGUGGGAAUAGACCAGGAGGGAAAUUACAGCUGUGAAGUGGCAUCAACAGAAGGGAAUUUUCACAAGACAUACCACCUGACCGUGCUGGCCCCCCCGAGGCUGAGCCUGUCCUGUGAUGAGCAGGGGAGCCCCGUGUGCGAGGCAGCAGUGGGGAAGCCUCCAGCUCAGCUCUCAUGGAUCCCAGAGAGCAGCUCCACUGCAGAGGAAAAAUGCCACCACAACGGGACAGUGACUGUCAUCAGCAGGUUCACAGUGUGUAACAGCAGUGUGACCAACAGGACCAACAUGGCCACCUGCAUGGUGUCCCACCCAGCUGGGAACUGGAGCCACUCCAUAGCCUGUUGUCCCUCAGAAAAAAACAACUUUAUCCYGUAUGUCUACACCAUUCCUUUUGUUCUGAUCGUUAUCAUCUCGAUGGCUGUCAUUUGCUAUUUCAAGCUCCACAGUGAUAGACCAUGCCACAAAACCAAGCCUCCUGAAAUUGCUCCUAUACAUUCCCAACAGGAUGAUGUGAUGGAAGUGGAACCUUACACCACUUAUGUGCAGAAGGAAAAUGUAAUUUACAACUCAGUGUCUGAUCUGACAGGGGGACAGACUCUUCCACAAGACUUCUGUCCAGGAACAUGAAUGUUUCAACAACACCG